AUGUGCGCAUGUCCCUGUGCCGGAAGAAGUCCGCCUCCUCGGGCCAACGACCCCCAGUCUUGUCCAUCUGGUUAUCCAAGGAGCGGUGGUGGUCCAGGGGGUGGUGGUCCAGGAAGCGGUGGUCGUGGAGGCAACGCUGGACCGAAUCCCCAGAAACGUCAGCCCUGUGGUCCUAAGCCGUGCGGCGGUACCCAGUGCAAUAAAUGCGGGAAGGGUGGCCCCGGAGGAAAAGGUGGCCCUGGAGGAAAAGAUGGUUCUGGAGGAAAAGGUGGACCCGAAGGCAGAGGUGCUCCCCGAUCUAACGAUGGCAGAGGUCUGAGGGCCCCACCAAACAAUAGAGGAGCACAGGCUCUGGGACUUGCUGCUCUGCUCUUUGCCUUUGGGGUCUUCCUCACCACACAACUGGGACUCGUGGCCAAUGAGAUUGGCUGAAUCUACACAGGACGGGAUUGCGCGCUGCUCAGGAGAUCCACAGCUGAGAUUACUCAACAUCACUCACAAGCAAUGUCGUUGAUUCAGGGAGGGUAAUUAAAUUCGAAAUGGUGUAUUUAA